AUGCCGCUAGUGCCGCAGGACGUAAGAGGAGUGAGUACCCGUGCAAUGUCAGAAGCGCAGCGUGUGAGGGAAGAGGGUGCUGCAGCUCAAACCAGCGAUGCAGAAGCCAAGCCUGUGCAGGUGGAUCUUCUGCUACAGCUGCAGCAAAUGAUGGCAGAGCAAGCGCGCCGCCAAGAAGAGCAAGCGCGCCGCCAAGAAGAGCAAGCACGCUGUCAGGCGGAACAGCUACGGGAGCUGAAAGAAGAUCAAGCUGGUCGCCAAGAGGAUCAAGCUCGCCGCCAAGAGGAGCAAGCGCGUCGCUUGGAAGAGAUGCAUAAGGAUUUCACGAAGGGACUGCAAAAGGCUGUCGAACGGGUACAAGAAGUGGAGGAAGGGUUAGGCAAGUUGGAACAUCGCGUCAUGGCGAUAGAGGAGAGAGUGAAAGAAGAGAUCUCCAAAAUCAAGCAGGAAGUGACAAGCCCAAGCCCUUUGAAGAGCCGAAGCCGUCUUGCAGCCGUUUUUGACGCCCCAAAUGUGGCCUCAAGCGCAACGAAAGGGCUCAAGAUUCCCCAUUACGACGGAACAACAUCCUGGAACGCGUUCAAGCUACAGUUUGAGACACUUAUGGAGGCUUAUGGUUGGACUCAGAAGGAAGCACAGUCAGCCCUCACCCUGGCCCUCCGUGAUCAAGCGCUCUCAGUGCUGGAAGCUAUCGGCGCAAGUGGGGAUCUCAGCUUUAGUGCCCUCCUCGACGCACUUGAGGCACGUUUUGGAGACAGCCACCUCGAACACGUGUACAGAGCGCAAUUAAAAGAGCGUACUCAGCGUGCUAAUGAGAGUCUACAGCAAUGGUCCGUGGAAAUCGAGAAACUUGUGCGUCGAGCUUUCCGGUCGACUCCGUCAAUGAUUGAAGGCACGCUUCUCCAAGCGUUCAUUGACGGUAUUCGGGACCCCGAAGUACGAGCUGCUGUUCAUCUGGGCCAUCACAAGAACAUGAAAGAAGCUCUGGCCCAUGCAUUGGAAGUGGAAGCCGUGCGUGGCAACUCCCGUACCUUACGUCUGCGGGAAAUGACGACAACGGAGCAGGUACCUCCACGCCGUCGGAACUUCAUGUGCUAUGGAUGUGGAGAGCGUGGGCACAUACGGUGCGACUGCCCGAAGAAGAUGAACCGCCAGGACGCGGCGGUCUCAACUUCUGACCAGCAGGGAAACUUAAAUCCAGCCAGGGCUGCGGGGUGGGCGCUGGCUGGUAGUGGAACAACCCCAACAAUCUACAUCAAGCAAACCAACGAUGGAAAUACUCUGGUGAUAGACGGUCAAAACCUGACCGGGGAAAUAAGCAGAACUGCGGCUCACCGCUGGCAGUUGAGUUCUAAGUCCAAAGCGAUUCGGAAGAAAAGGAAGAAGUGA